AUGACUUCUAAACUCCCUUCUACAUCUCUCCCACCCACACAUCCCUUAAUCCUCGAGCUCACCUCGUUACGACAGCAAUUACAUCAAUAUCAAACUUCCGCCCAUCAGACGGCUAUACAGUUGCAAGGGACAAGAUUGGAGUUAUCUUUGGCUAAGGAAGAGUCUAUGGGGUUGAGACAGACUUGUGAGGUACUCAAAAGGGAGGUUGAGAUACUCCGAUCAAACCCCAUCCCUCCACCCACCCAACCCACCUCCACAGCACUGUCCGAACUUUCCCUCGCUCAUCGUCGACUCUCGGCUAAACUCGAUAUUACCGAAUCACAGCUGACUGCGGCACAGUUGGAACUUGCUUCUGCCAAACAAGAGAUUCAACGACGUACGAAGGAGAAAGAAGGUGAUAAAGCUGUGAUCAAUGAACUGAGGAGAAUAGAGGAGGACAGGGAAGAAGAAAUUGAGUGGGAGCGCGGAGAGAGAAGAAGGAUGGAAGAACAGAAAAAGUUGUGUGAUUUGGCACUGGAUGAAUACUCCCAUUUGGUUCACUCCCUCGACCCUACCGCGGUCCCACCUACAACCCCAAAAUCCUAUUCCACCUCAAUCCUACAAUCUACCCCUGAUCUCAUUACUCCCCUCUCUCCACCGGAAACACCAUCCUCCCUGUCAUCCCCUGAAUCCAUCUCCAAUCUCCUCCUCGGCCAACGUGGCGUCCAUCGUUUAUUCACAGAUUUUACUUCUACCCUGACUUCGAAAGAACGUCUCGUACACACUCUCCAAGUCAGAAUAGAAGAACUCGAAAGGAGUGUGAGUAUACUAGAAGAACAGUUACAAUCUGAAACUUCCUUACGUGUGAAUUGUCAAGAAGAACGUGACAAGGCUAUGAGAGAUGAUGCUAGUGCUGCCAAAGUAGUUGAGAGGUAUAUGACCUUUACUCAAAAAACACAUGCCACUAUUCAUCGCCAUUUGGAUAAUUUACGACAACGAAGUGCUGCCACGCAAACCAGUUUACGACAAGAAACACAACUUCUCCGGAAGGCUUUGGAGGAGGAACGAAGUCGUUCGAAAAGGAUGAUCGGAGCGGUGGAUGAGAUGUCAGAGGGAUUGGCAAGAGAAUCAGCGGGGAGAAGAAGAGAAAUAGGUUUAAGGUUGAAAUUAUUAUCGGCGGAAGAACAAAGAGCUAAACGUGUUGAAAAGUGGUUAGAACGUGUGAGACGAUUGAGAGAAGGUGCGGAAGGUGCUGUUUUGGAAGCGGACAUAUUGGAGAAUUUGGUAGAUGAUGGAGUACGUGCUGUGACUGUUACAACUCGACAAAACGAAGUGAAGAGAUCAUGGCGUGGUUUAUUGGGAAGGAAAGAGAAAUUUGUGGAGAAUAAAGAAGAGGAAGAAUCAGUUGCAAGGGUUUUAUUGGCAGAAGAAUUAGUCACUACUCUCGUCACUGAUCUACAAAAGGAGACUGAGAGGAGGAUGGAGCUUGAAAGACAGAGAGUGGAAUGGUUGGCUCAAGAUGCAGUGGGAGGUAGGUUAGGACAUGAAGAUACGAAUGGACAUGAGAUGUUUGAUUUUGAUCAUGAGGAUCAUGAGGAAGACGAAAUAGAUGAUAUGGCCGAACCUUCUCUCCCUUCAGAUCUUCAAUUACUCAUUACAAAAACCACUCCACCAUCUCCUCUUCUUUCCAAACCAUCAUCCCCCUCCCUAUCUCUUUCAUCAAUACAACCAACCCCUGAACUUCAAAACCUUCUCGAUAUUUUCAAUCCCCUCAGAUCUCGUUAUCCAAAACUACAAAAUCAACUUCAUUCAUUAUCACAUUCUUUAUCUUCUCUACGUUCUUCUCUCCCAUCCAAUAUUCCUCAAACACCAAACUCACAGAAUAAUCUAAGAGACAAAACGAACGAAUUAGCUUCCACACCAUAUAGUAUAAAACGUAAAACUAUCCUUCAUCCUCUACGUCGUAUUUCUCCAAUUGAAGAUCCUCAUCUUACCACAAUUUUGGAAAACAUAUACGAAGUUUUAGAAGAUGCUCGAGUAGAUUUAGAAAUAGCUAUAGCUGAUGAAGAUCGAUUGUUUUCAGGUUUCGAAGCUUUGUUAGGUGUAGGUAGUGUCGUACAUUCUUCUCAAGUGUUGAGAGAUGCUAAAGAUUACGUUGAUGAUAGAUUAAGUUGGGAGGGGUAUAAUAAGUUGGAGAGAAAGAUUGAGGAAUUGGAAAGUGAUUUGACUUUGAUACAAAGGGUUUUACAUGAGAGUGAAGGGAUGGAAUUAAGUUCUGUUGAU